GGGCACGGAGGUUGGGGUCGCACCCCCGAAACGAGCACUUCUCAAUUUUUAAUUUUUUUUUCUUCCAGGUGACACGGCAUCCCUUCAGGCUGUGUAACGGACCAGCUCCUUGUGGAGCGACUGGGCGAGGAGCUGGGAGCGACCUCUCAGGAUGGGAGGCCGGCGGUCUCCAUUAGAACUGGGCUUACCGCAGCAGGCAAAGUUAAGGGGUGACCUCGGGGUAUCCGAAGAGGAUGAGGAGCUCGAGGGUUUCAGGCGGGAGGCGGCAGUCCUGCGUGAGAAGCUGUGGGAGGCUCUCAGUCGUACAUCUGGUAACAAAAGGCAGUCCAGUUCUUUGAUUGACCUCACCUCGGACAGUACCUGGGAUCAGCAAAAGCCUCAGUUGUUCCCUAAAUCCCGCCUGAGGCCAAAAAGUGCUUCAUCUCCCUGGAUUCCUUCCAUCACCAUCCCUCAGCCCUUCGAAAUGACACUGCGGGAAGCUCGCAAAAAGUCCCAGUUGAUGAAGUCAUACAUGUUUCUUGAACUAGACAAACAGAGAGACAAAAGGCAAAGCCAGGAUGAAGCUGAAUGUCAGAAACAAUUCCGGGCACAGCCUGUACCUGCCCAUGUGUUUCUGCCCCUUUAUCAGGAAAUAAUGGAGCAGAAUGAGAUUCGCAGGCAAAUAGCAACACAGAAAAGAAAGGAGCUGCUACUUUCAACCCAGCGGCCCUUCAGUUUCCUGGAGAAGGAGGAGAAAAAGAAAGAAGCUAUCAGACAAAAGUUCCUGGCGGCAGCAACCCUAAAGGAGAGCUCCAAACAGAAGCAAGCCAGUAAAAAAGUUCCUAAAUCUACUUAUGGUCCACUUCUUGGAGAUAAACUCAAAGAAGCUGAACUCUACAGAGAAGUCCGCAUUCAAAUGAGAGCCAAGGAUUUGCUUGAGAGCUCUGUGGCUCUUAUAGAUACUAGCAACUGUCGGAGGGAGCCUCAGACCCGAACUGCCACUAAAACUAAGCAGGAGAGACUUGGCUUCUUGCAGGACAAAAGUUUCAGCUUCAAGCCAAGGAUUAAUCCGACAAUUCCAGAUUUUGAAGGACUUUACUGGGCAUUUCAGAGGGAAGCAGUAAGGAGACAAGAAAUCAAAGAGGCAACUCGUAAUAAGCCAUUCAAGCUAAGAACCUCCAAUCUCCGUGGCAGGCAGAGGCAGGCUAAUGAAAAGAUAAAGGAUUCUCAGCAACUUUCCAAGGUUUCACUGCAAAAAAGUCAUUCUCUGACCGGACUUUCCGCCCUCUCUUCCAACACCCUUCCAGUGCAUAUUACAGAUGCAACUAGAAAAAGGGAAUCUGCUAUUAGAUACUCCCAAGAAAAUAAAAAGGAAGGGGCCAAAGAAGGAAUUUAUUGGCUGGACAAACACAAAAAGAAAUGUCAAGCUAUCCAAAAGUCAGUGAACAGCCGAGCAAAAGCCCUGGAUCCGCAUAAAAGUCUGGAGGAAACAUACAAGGAGAAGUUGAAACAGAACUGGCAAAAUAUGAGAGAGAGAACAAAGGAAUACAGAAAGGAGCUGGAAGAAAUGCAGCUGCGAGUCAAGAACAGACCAUACCUCUUUGAACAGGUCACCAAGCAUGAUGCUCGUCAAGGAGCAGAGCGUCGCUACAGACACACCCUCCAGCAGGUUGGGCUAAGUGAAGAAUUUGUAAGGGAAAAAGGGAAAGAUGCCACUGGCUUGCUGGAAGAAGAAUCUGACGUUCACAGAGCACCCAAGCCUCGGGGUGAAAAGGACGACUGUACUGUACAGGAAGGAGAACCUCAAGAGGAACAGAGAAGAAAGGAAAUGGCAACAUGAGAUCUAGCAGAAGAAUCCAUUGAUCAUCCCUUGAUCUUUUUUAAUUCAAGAUUUUCCACGUUAAACCUUGGGAACUUUCUGGUUUAGGCUGACACUUAAGAAUUGCUCUGAGUGAGUGAGAUGUGAGAACUUAGUAAAGGAAAAAAAGACCAACUGUUGUUUAGAGCAUGUCUUGUACAACCCAGCAAACCCUGCAGCCUUCACAAGUGUUCCAUGUGUGAGCCAUUUCUCUUUCUUUAAUGGGCAACAAAACAAGUUAAAAAGGUUGAAGCACUAUCUUUGGAUAACAGUAGAUACAAGAGAUUGAGGAGGUACAUCCUCUAGUGUCAGCUCCUUGUGUUCGUGCCACAGAAGUACACAGAAAGGGGAGAGUGCCUUUCAGUGUGCUAAACCUUGGUUUACACAUAUAUGUGGUAGAAUGCUUUUAAACAAGGUACUUCUAAAAAAAAAAAAAAAUUGCAAGA